UCUGUAAAUGCAAUUCCCGUUUCUAAAUCCUUUCCACUUUCCCGCCAAUUUUUUUUCAAAUCCCUGAAAUCAUAGAUCGAACCCAAUCGGUCCCAUUCGUAGGCGAGAAUUGGAUUUUACGAGGGAGAGAUGGAUCUUAAGCAAGCUGGUUCAUCUCUCGACUCUCUGAUAUCUUCGUUCAACACCCGAAUCGCUGAGCUACAAGAACUCGUUAUUGCACGGAACAUGUACCCGGCGAGUAGUGUGACUGAUUUGUCGGCGAUUGAUGCGGCAUUGAAGGGGAUGGAGCUGCAAGUACAGGCGAUCAAAGACCGGUUGCGUGAGGAAACCGAGGCCAUUCCCAAAGCCAAAAAACUGAUUGCUGCGUCGCUGCUGCAGCAGAAGAAAUUGCAGAGUAUGUCUGUUUAUGUUCCCUCACAUUUGCCUGAAAAAAUGACAACAUUGAAUUUAGAUGGUGAUAGAGGUUUGUCACCAGAAGCCUCCAGACAGCAGCAACGACAGCAGCCUAAUCUGGGUUCUUCAAAAUUCCAGGAGGAGCCUGCUGCUUUACCAAAGGAGAAGAAGGGCCGUGGCUCUCCACCUUUAUGGUACAUAACUUCUGGUGAACUGGAUUCUUUGGCAUCAUACAUGAGAGGAAGGCUCACUCUCGAGAAGGUCAAUGCAGCUAUCAAUGACAUGGCAACGUAUGCUGAGGCCAAUGCUCAGCUUGUUGCAGCUCCUAAAAAGAAGCUCGCGGAAAAUCUUUGGGAGAGAGCUUUGGAACUGAGGGAUAUUGCAACGACAGAAGCUGUAAAGGGGAAGCACUUUGUCCUUGAAAGUGACAUGAAAGGACCAUCAUUGAAGCUUGACAACACUGGAAAAGCCAUUCUGACUGUCCUACGUCACCUUGGUCGCAUCAGUGAGACUCGGAUUGGACAUAAUCGCGUAAUCAUUCUUUUGAAGCCUCAAUGAAUUGGCUCAAUUCUAUGAACGCUGAAUAUAUCUUGUGCUACUCCCUUGUCUCGGACUUGCACUGAUGUUGAAAUGUGAAGAUGAUUCAAUAUAAUCUAUCCAGACUCCAUGGUGAGCAAUGGUAAAACUUACUGGGACCUUCUCUAGUAAUAUGGUUAAAAAACCAAAGAACUCUGUACAUCACACUUUAAGAUGUUUUCACCUGUAUUUAAUAUAGAAUUUAGGUUUACAUAAUUGGGCAUUGAGUUUGUAGUACGGGGAAUGCUGCUUUUGUUUAGGCAGCAUUUUCAUCUUCUUAAAUCAAGCUCAAUCAUUCUGAA